UGCUUAGAAUCGCAAACAACUUACUUUUCAAAGGUGUUUUCUCAGUCGCGGGUUUAUUUGUGGACACGCUCAUUCAUUUCCUUUCACUAUUUUAUCGCUGUGGGUUUACAAGUUUACCCAUUCAGCAUAAAGUAACUGCCGACCUUGGGGUAAAAGCAUAAUAGUGCAAACUUUUGCCCUUGCCUAACAAGUGAGGAGGAACUUAUCGACCGAACGAAGGUGUUUGCGUAUAGACGCAGGUCGUAAAGGUGCCUCUCUGUGAUUUUGCUUCAAGGGUCCUACCCGGUGACACGUAUUUUUAUACCUCUCAACGACAUCGACUCAGUUUCGCGAGAUAACUGCUGCCCUUAUCAGCGUGAAGUUCACUUGGGUUAGAGAGGAUGUCACACUGAAGAGAAUUAAAGUAAAGGCAAUUAACAGACAAGGCGGACGACACUUCUAAGUUGUUGCUUGGGUUUCUAUAACUGCGGUUUGGGCAAUGCUAAGUUGGUAAUGAUUUGUGGACGAUUAAGAAUAUACAUCCAUUGUUAGGACAUUGAAUAUCAACGUGAUUUAUAUGUAUCAAGGUUGCUACAGCAGCAAGCAGGUCUUACAAGUUGUGUUGAUUAGAGAAAUAUAACGUACAUCUACCAUGUUUAAACUUGGAAGCAAAAAGAAGGAAGAAAAGGAGCCAGCAGAGUUUUUCAAGGCCUUUUUGGCUCAGGCCAAAGCUGAAUUCAGUGACAAAUGGGAGAAACCUUCACAGAAUACAGCAGGUCUUGAUGAUUUUGAAAGAAUCAAAACACUGGGCACAGGGUCCUUUGGACGUGUUAUGCUAGUCCAACACAAACAGUCAAAGCAGUAUUAUGCUAUGAAAAUAUUGGACAAACAGAAGGUUGUCAAGUUAAAACAAGUGGAACAUACCCUUAAUGAAAAAAGGAUAUUACAAGCCGUUUCUUUUCCAUUUCUUGUCAGUUUAGAAUAUCAUUUCAAGGAUAACUCCAAUUUGUACAUGGUUUUGGAAUUUGUAACUGGCGGGGAAAUGUUUUCACAUCUAAGAAGAAUUGGGAGAUUUAGCGAACCCCAUUCCAGGUUUUAUGCUGCACAAAUUGUGUUGGUCUUGGAAUACUUGCAUCAUUUGGAUAUAAUGUACCGAGAUUUAAAACCCGAGAACUUGCUCAUUGAUUCAACGGGGUACCUAAAGGUAACAGAUUUUGGAUUUGCCAAGAGGGUGAAAGGCAGAACAUGGACCCUUUGUGGAACACCAGAGUAUCUAGCACCAGAAAUUAUUCUAAGCAAGGGCUACAACAAAGCAGUUGACUGGUGGGCCCUAGGAGUUCUAGUCUAUGAAAUGGCAGCAGGUUACCCACCUUUCUUUGCAGACCAACCUAUCCAAAUCUAUGAGAAAAUUGUGUCAGGCAAGGUGAGGUUCCCAUCCCACUUCAGUUCAGAUUUGAAAGAUCUACUGCGGAAUUUACUUCAAGUUGACUUGACCAAGCGCUAUGGAAAUCUGAAGAAUGGUGUAAAUGAUAUCAAGAACCACAAAUGGUUUGCCACAACAGACUGGAUUGCCAUUUAUCAAAAGAAGGAAAAAGUUCCUUAUAAACCUGAAAGAGUAAAUUUGGAAGGUCCAAAGGAGCUUGUGGCAAAGAAUUUUGAUGAUUAUGAGGAAGACCGUAAACUUUUCAAGAUAGCAGUCGAAGAAAAUUAUCCUGAAGUGUUUGAGGAUUUCUAGAAAGGUUGAAGCACCUUUCAUUCCCAAGUGCAAAGGUCCAGGGGAUGCUAGUAAUUUUGAUGAUUAUGAGGAGGAACCACUUAGGAUUUCU